AUACAAUCGUAUUAUUAUUUUAUCAUAUUAUUAAUUAUAUACAAAAGUUAAUUAAUCGUCCUCCAAAAUGACCGUCAUCACUAUGCCGACGGCCGAGAAGAAGUCGGACAACGUGCCGCUAGUCACCAACAUCGAGAUCGACCCAUCUGCACAGGAAAAAGACCUGGAAUCAGGAAAUGGUGCACAUAACCGCCCUGUCAGAUCUAAAUUUUUGGUGCUCAGAGUCAUUAAUGAUCGUGUUUAUUCUAUGUGGGCAUUAAUUUAUGUAUUGCUGAUGUCAUUAGUAAUAACAUUCAUGAUGCUCUAUGGGGAACAUAUUUAUAGAGCUAUUGGAAAUGCUUUCAAUGAUGAGAAUGAUGCUUUCUAUGGCACUGGCACUAUUGCUUUAAAUGAUAAGUUAUCUCUUCCUAUUCAAGAUAUAAGCAAUGAUUACGAAAUGAGCCAAUUAAAAAAUGAUAUGGAAUUCAAGAAACUUGAGAAUUUUGCUCUGAAUAUGGAACAAAUGAACAACCAGAUGAUGAACCCAGAAGAUGUUAUAUCUGAAUUUAAAGAAGAUUUUGAACUUGAUCUCAAGGAAGAUAGUUAUGAAAAAAUUAUUCCCAUUCUACCACUUGCUAAUUCUGCUCGUUUCAUUCAUGAUUUCAGCUCGAAUGUCACUGGUAUUGUCGAUAUUGACGGAAAGCGUUGUUUCAUUAUGCCAUUGAACCGCAGUGCAGUAUUGCCACCAAAAUCCUUGUACGAUUUAUUGUUUAAAAUGUCAAGUGGUUAUUACGCUGUUGACACCAGUAACGUGAUGCACAAUAUGCGUGUGGUCAAACCAGCUAUUCAGGAUCUCACAGAAUAUGGCAUUUAUAUUGCUAAGGAUUGUGCAGGUUUUCCAACUUAUAAACUAGAAAAAAUUGUUUCUGGAGUAUUCAAACGGAGUGUUUCGAGCCACACGAAAACUUUCUCGGCGUUUUCUGGACGGAUGGACUCUUUCCACGUAGUCAACUAUCAAGACAUCGAUUCGCAGUAAAAUAAUAAUAUUAUGAUCUCCCAUCUUUAUAUUUGAUAUAUUAAUAUAGGUUACACAUUACCUACCCACACACAUAUAUUUAUAAAUAUUAUACCUAUAUUAUCUAUUUACGAUUUUGUUUAAGAUUUUACUUUCAAAUUUCAUAAUAUUAUAUUCACUCAUUACACUUUUCUAGUAGGCACAUAGUGCAUUAAAUAUAGAAUAUAAUAGGUACCUACCUACCUAAUCUUACCCAAUAAAUCAGUAUAGUCUAUAUAUAUAUAUAUAUAUAUAUAUAUAUAUAUAUAAUAUAGGUGGUAUACCAUAUUGUGAUAUGCUAUAAUAAUAUAAUAUUGUAGAUUGCAAUUGAUCAUAUAUUAUUAUAAGCUGUUAAAUGGUUCUAAAAUUUCCAUUAAGUUGUUCUCGCGUUUAUAGAGAUCAAACGUCAUUUUAUUUUGUGGGUUUUUUUUUAAUUUUCGAAAGUUUUAUGCGAGUAUCUAUGUGUUGCCAAAAGUCCAUUAAUUGUAUUGAAGCUCGAAUUAUAUACAUGAAUGAUCAAAUUAUUAAACGGCAAUUUUUUAAUAA